AUGCCGCACGACGAGAACGCGCACGACGACACGUCGACCAACGCGGGCGGCGACGUGGAGAUGGGCGAGGAGGCGAGCACCGCCGCGCACCAGGAAGAGGGGGGUGGUGAUGGCGCAGACACGUCCAUGGUAGCUGAGGAGAGCGCCCCGCCCGCGCGAACGAGCUUCACCAGCUACCUGCAGAGCCCGAUUGUGAACCUGCUGGUCGGCCAGGGCGACGAGCAAACGCUCCUCUCGGCGCAUCAGGCCCUGCUCGUGCAGAGCCCGUACUUCGAGACUGCCUGCCAGGGCUUCGUCGACGAUGGCAGUCCGCGACAAAUCGAGCUCCCCGACAUGAACCUCGACACGGUGGGCUCGUUCCUUGAGUUCCUCUAUACGGGCGAAUACUUCCCCAAGAAGCUGCCCGGCCAGCGCGUCCUCGAAUCCGACCCCAGCCUGCCGGCCGUCGACGACACGGGCGUCCACCUGCUGAAGCACGCGCGCCUGUAUACCCUGGCCGAGAAGUUCGGCAUGACGAACCUGCGAACUCUGGCCAGCUCCAAGAUUCACUGCGUCAACUCCACUGCCAAGGGCGAGAUCACGUACGCCCGCUAUGUCUACGCCAACACCAGCAACGACGACAAGACGGUUCGCGCGCCGAUUGCCAGCUUCUGGGCCACGCGCUCGCACACCCUGCGCGCCGAGGCCGAGGACGAGUUCAAGUCGCUGUGCUUGGAGUACCCCCAGUUCGGAUACGACGUCCUCACGCGUGUCCUCGACGACAAGCUCAAGCGGGAGCGCAACGAGAAGAUGCACCCGGCAACGGGAAGCGGUCGAAAGAGGGCGCGACACAGCAGCGGUGGCGGCGGCGGUGGCGCGUAG